AUGACCCUGCACAAACUUCUGCUGACUGCCCUGGUAAGUAUCCCCUCUAUUUAUAGCAUGGCCUGGCUUGCUCUUCUGAAUCAACAAGGGGAGGGAUUUUCUGGUCAUACCCAUAUUUACAAGCCUGAGGAGGUUGCAAGGGGCACUAAUCUGCUGCCCGUCCCAGAGGCAAGGAGGCCCCAUCCCGCGGAGCCAAGAGAAUGUCUAGGGAGACCUUUGCGUUCACUUCCUCCACCCUCCGCGCGCUGCGCCUGCAGAGAGAGCGGCUGGAGUGGGAGGAUCGUCGGAGGGCUCUCUCCAGGCAGUGCCUGACCAGGAGGUUCCCACCGGCCACCAGCAGCUCCCUGCUCCCCAAGCCCGCCCGGCGUCCCCGGUACUGCCGGGACCCUGCCGUCCACAACGUCCUGUACACCGGGGACCUGCAGACCAUCAAGAACAUCUUCAAAGACGAGGCCAUCGCGAACGUGAUCGUGGAGACGGUCAGCGAGGAGCUGAUGUGGUCAGCAGAGCUGGGGCUGUGGGUCCUGAGCCCUCAGAAGAAGCACACGUCCCCCUUGCGGAUUGCGGCGGCCCGAGGCUAUCGGGACUGCGUGAAGCACCUGAUUCUGCAGGGGGCAGAGGUGGACGCCGUGGUGGGCGGGAAGGCCGCCCUCCAUGACAGCUGCAUCCACCAGCGUGCCGAGUGCGCCCAGCUGCUCCUGAGCUACGGCGCCAAUGCCAACGUGCUGUCCGAGGAGGGGCUGGCCCCACUGCAUCUCUGCACCUCCCCGGAGACCUUGCGGUGCGCCGAGCUGCUCCUGGAGCACGGGGCCCUGGUGAACCUGAGCACCAGGGACAGGCGGACGACCCCGCUGCACGUGGCCGCCGAGCACGGCCUGGAGGCCCACCUGCAGCUCUACCUUUGCUACGGGGCCGCCCUCGCCCACCGGAACCGGGAAGGGGAGACGGCCCUCAACGCCGCCUGCGCCAGCGCCGACAAGCCCGCCGAGGCCGAGCGCUACUACAGGGUGGCCAAGCGGCUGCUGGAGUGUGGGACUGACGCCAGGACGGCCGGCAGGAAGAACCACACCCCGCUCCACAACGCCUGCGGCAACUGCCACCCCCGCCUGGUGGAACUGCUGCUCCAGCAUGGGGCUGCUGUGAACGUCAGCAACUGCGCCGGCUACACGCCCAUGGACUGCGCCCUGCAGGCGGUGGAGGAGUACCUGGACGGGCAGCCCGAGAUCAUCAUCGCCACCUUACUGGACCACGGGGCGGCGGCCAUCAACCCCAAGAUGCUGAAGUUCUGCUCCUUGGCCCCUCGUGCCCUGGAAGUCGUGCUGAAUUCCUACGACCGGAUCCCGUCCUGCGAUUCCUGGGUGGAAGUGGUGCCUCCGGAGAUGUGGCAGGAGCACAAGACGUUUUACGACUCUGCUCUCCAGAUGACGAACCAGCCCCGUCAGCUGCAGCACCUGGCGCGCUGCGCCGUGCGAAAGCACCUGGGAGCGCGGUGCCAUUCCGCCAUCCCCGAACUCAAACUGCCCCCGGCUCUGCGGGAUUAUCUGCAGCUCUCUCUGGAGGGCUACAUCCGGUGA